AGAUCAGAUGGUUUUUGCUUUCGUUUUCCAGUUUAAACGUCACAAAGACUGAUCUGCACAAUUUAAAUCCACACCACCUGCCUGGUGAAGUCUCAGUAGAGAAGGAGAAGCUGAAAACAUCGAAGCGAUCUCUGUGGAUUCCCACGACUAAGGAAAGGAUGGCAGAUUUUCAACUACGUGACUACCAGAAGGAAGUGGUGGAAAAGGCACUGAGGGGAGAAAAUGUCAUAAUUUGGCUCCCAACAGGAGGUGGGAAGACCCGAGCUGCUGUCUAUGUGGCCAGAAGGCAUCUGGAUACCACACCAAAUGGCAAAGUGAUGGUGCUGGUGAACAAGGUUCACCUUGUAGACCAACACUACACCAAAGAGUUUUGGCCUUUUCUGGGUGAAGAUUUUAAACUGAUGAAGGUCAGCGGUGAGAGUGACGAGAAGGAUUUCUUCGGGAUAGUGGUGCAGGCCAAUGAUGUGGUCAUCUGCACAGCACAGAUCCUGUAUAACGCUCUGAUCAACAAGGAGGAAGCAAAACACACAGAGCUCUCAGAUAUCACUCUACUGAUAAUCGAUGAGUGUCAUCACACCCACAAGGAGUCAGUCUACAACAAAAUAAUGAGACUCUAUGUGGAGAAAAAGCUGAAAGGACAGCGGCCAUUACCACAGAUCCUGGGUCUCACAGCAUCACCUGGAACAGGAGGUGCAAAGGUGCUGGGGGAUGCUGUAAAACAUGUCCUGGAGAUCUGUGCUAACUUAGACUCAGUUAUUGUCUCGACUAAAAACUAUAUCCCUGAGCUAAAGGAGAGGGUACCACGGCCAAAAAAGACCUUUGACAUUGUGGAGAAAAGAGUGGCAGACCCACUUGGAGAUCAUAUUAAGUGGAUGAUGCAGCUAAUCCAUGAAUUCAUGAAUCUUCCCUCUGAUGUGAGGCUCAGAGAAUGCGGGACACAAGAAUAUGAGGCGGAUGUGGUGGUUCUGGAGCAACGAGGAGUCAGAGAGAACAACAGACUCUUGGCACAAUGCGCACUCCAUCUCAGGCAGUAUAAUGAUGCCCUGCUCAUCAAUGAUACUCUGAGAAUGAUGGAUGCAUAUCGCUCUCUGGAGGAUUUCUACAACACAAAGUACACCACGGCUAUUGAUGGAACCGACUUCUUCCUGGUGGGGCUUUUUCAAGAGAAUCAGGUGGAGUUGAAAAAGUUUGCCACAGAUCCUCACUUUGAGAACCCGAAAAUGGCAAAACUUGAGAGCACUCUGGUAAGCCAGUUCGGCCCAGAUGUCCAGUCUAGGGGAAUUCUCUUUUCCAGAACUCGCAAGAGCACUCACUGCCUCCUUGACUGGGUCAUUGAAAACAAAACCUUGCAGAGAGCUGGGAUAAAGGCUGCCAUCCUGACAGGGGCUGGUAAUGGCAUCACUUACAUGACACAGAAUGAGCAGGCAGACACAAUACGGAAAUUUCGAAAUGGUACACUCAACCUCCUGAUCUCCACCAGUGUGGCAGAGGAAGGCCUAGACAUCCCUGAGUGCAAUCUGGUGGUACGUUAUGGACUUCUUACAAAUGAGAUAGCACAGCAGCAGGCAAGUGGUCGUGCCCGAGCAAGGGACAGCCAGUAUUCAGUGGUUGCUGAAGCUGGAGGACGGGAGAUUCGCCGAGAGCGCAUCAAUGAGUACCUGGAGGAGCUGACUGGAGAAGCCAUUGCCAAGGUCCAAAGUAUGAGUGAGCAUGAGUUUCGUACCAAGAUAAACGAACUUCAAACAGAGGCCAUCAUUAUGAGUAAAGUUUUAGAAGAUCGUAAAACUGAGAAGAAAAACCGAUAUGCUGCCUCUAGAGUCAGGAUUCUGUGCAGAAACUGUUUUGCUCAAGUUGCAUCUGGGAAUGACUUUAAACUUCUGGAAAAUGCGCACUACGUUAACGUAAAUAAAGAUUUUAAACAACAUUACAAACUGGGUGGAAAGGUGCAGCUAGAGAGACGGUUUGAGGACUGGGAGCCUGGAUGCACAGUCAGCUGUAAUAAUGGCAACUGUAAUAAGGAUUGGGGAUUUGAAAUGAAAUACAAAAAGGUGGCCCUACUUCCAAAUCUAGCCAUCAAGAACUUUGCUCUGGAGACGCCUGAUGGAAGGAUCACAGUUAAGAAGUGGAAAGAUGUUCCCUUUGCGGUCGAGGAGUUUAGCUUUGAGCAGUACUAUGAAGAGAACGUCGAGGGCUGGUUCGAUUGAGACAAAGAUAAUCUCAGGGCUAUAUUUCAUGCUCUACUUUCAUUUGUUUCUACUGUAUUUUCAGGUGGAUAGUGUAAACAUGAAUUUUAUUGUUGGAUGUGCUUGAACAUAAACAACACUCCACACAUGCUAGGUUGUAUUAGUGCUGCUGGGGCUGUUAGACAUAAGCUUAAAACCCUAUUACUCAUCGAUCAUGCAUGAAAUUAGCGAGACGGCUUUGUUUAUGCCCAAGGUCCUUAACCUGCUGCAUGCUCUGUAUGUGAGCGUCCUUGAAAGUCCUCCUUGAAACUUGGUUGCACAUAAAGCUUUUACAAAUGUAUGUUAUAUAAAAUAUAUUUUAAUCUUGUUGUUGUUGAAUGAAAUCUGUUUUACUUUUUUAUGUAUGCAUCUAAAGUAACUAAAC